UAUACCACAAAAUUAAAAAUAGCCAGACGAUUUUUUAAAAAUUAUCUAAAAAUUUAUUUUUCACAUAUUUUUAAUAGGCAACAGUCUACGGUUUCUGUAGAGAAUGCAUUCCAAUGUUUUUGUACAAUCUCAGCUAUUAUAUGUGUUAUUUAAAUAGUUCAUUAAAUCCGUUUGCUUAUGCUUUAGCUAAUCGCCAAUUCCGCUCAGCUUUUUGGAAAAUUUUGAGGGGAAAUUUUAGAAAGACUAAUUGA